CGGACGAGCCACGGUCGCGAUCGGCGUGGCAGUCGGGAAUCAGCGAGUGCUCGCGCUUGGACUUCAGUGUCGGAGCAACUGGUCCACGUCGUAAAGUCGCGGCAAAAAAGCACGUGAAAGGAAUGUAAUCUCCGUACGAAUGACCGAUCAUCUACCCGUGUACGACGCGCUUCAAUACAGACACUUCAUCGCCCACGUGACCAGGGGACAAGCGCAUAUCGGCGGCUAUUGAAGCGCCUAAGCAGGCCGAAGAGACCAGGCUUCUGUAAUCGAUGGGUUGAGAACGCGAAAUUCCUGCUUUCCAGCUUUUCUUCUCUCUUUGUAACCAAGGUGUAUAGCUUACCGAUGAGCCAUGCUGAAGGUAGUAGGAGCCUCCUGGCUGCAGACACGCAUCUCCACUUAUAUCCUCGUCGCCGUUGCCCUCCUGGGAAUUGGAGCGAUAAUCCUCGGCGAGUUUGGACACGUUGAACAAGAUGGCACUUAUUCAGCGACGGUGUCAUGGAAUCACAAGGGCGGGUACCGCAUUGACUUCUGGGGCCAAGGCAACGAUUUGAACGCCGUGCCAUUGCACGCAGCUCGGGCGUACUAUAAAACAGGAAUUUUCGAGCAUGGAUGGUCCUUCAUUGAAAUUGAGACGUCUUCAAAAUACCCGGACACCGUGCAGGCCUACGCUGCUGGUCUUCUGGAAGGCAGCCUCACUUGGCAAUUGAUCCAUCAUCAUUGGUACAAUACCGUCCGGGCGGAAUGCGAGAAGAAGGUCGCCGAGUGCCGGAAGUUAACGCGGUACCUUCGCGACAAUACUGCAGUUAUUCGUGAACGCGCUGAGCUGUUGGAAUCCACUGAUCCUUUUUGGCAUAUGGUACGAUUAUUUUACACGCAAUUAGAUGGCUUAGAAGCUGGCUGGAAAUUUGCUGUCCGCAGGAGCCGUGUUUCGGUAUCACUAGAGUCUGAAGAUUUCCUUUGGCUAGCCCUGGCCUCCGACGUGCCCGGUUUUCAACGGGCGUUCAACAUAUCAGACGUUCCUUUAAGCUCUAUGAUCUAUCUAAAAUCCUUACCGCGAGACAAUUCGGAACCCUUGAUCGCGGUUGGUCAUAACACCGCCUCGUCAUACAUGCAAAUGUUGAGACUCUUGAAGAAAUACACGUUCGGUUACCAUGUACUGCCAGGUAUAAAAACUGCCGCAUCAACGCCUACUCGGUCGAUAGUGAUGUCAUCUUAUCCAGGAGCUCUGUCGUCCCAAGAUGAAUUUUAUUUACUGCGAGGCGAAAAUCGUGAAUUGGUUGUAACCGGGACGUCGCUGUUAGCGACAAAUCAUAGCAACUGGAGCUUCUUGUUUCCGAAAGAUCAUGUAAUGUCAUCCGCAAGAUUAAUGGCGGCGAAUCGUUUGGCAACGGACGGACAGUCUUGGUUCGAAACCAUGUCUCAUCAAAACGGAGGUGCUUCCGCGGCCCAGUGGAUCACCCUCGAGCCACGUUCCACGACUAUAUUGUUGGUGGAGCAGCUGCCAAGUCUGACAGUCGCCAUAAACUAUACGGAGGAGUUCAAGAAAAAUGGUUAUCUAAUCUACAGCGGUAUAUCAAACUUUGAGAACGUCGACGAGAUCGUACGUCCCGCCAAGAAGGAUGUGAACGAGUGGAGGGACCGUUUAGCGCGCGCGCAGGAGAACGUCACCACAUUCGAGCAAUUCCGACACAUGAUGCGUGGGUGCAGCCAGGAAGAUUGCACUGCCGAUAAUCUGAAUUUAAAAGUUGAUCCACUGAAGGAACUAACGUAUCGCGGCGAUCUGGAGGUCGAACCGGUACCGUACGGUAUCGUGGACACGAAAGUCUUGGCCGUGAACGCCGACGGCUUCGAAAUUUUCGAGACAUUUUCGGGACCGGCAACAUUGCAAUCGCGACCACCUUUCAAAUGGUCCGAAACCUUUCCUAAUAUUUCUCACAUAGGACACCCGGACACUUUCGACUUCGAGAGCGUCACUCAUAGAUGGGUUUGGGUUUGAAUAACGCUAACAUUAUUUUACUAAAUUGUAUAUUCACGCGACUCUUAAGUCGCAUACUUUUUACUUAUUCUAACGAGCCAUGAUAACGUUCCGUUUAUUCCGUGUAAGUGGAUCAUAAUCUCUUUUAGGCGAAAUUUUUAAUAAUGGCAUUGUAUAUGUAUUUUAUGUCGUUAAGCUGGCUCUUAGCCACCUUUGGUGAAUUUUAUGAAAUAAAGGAAAAUGUAACGA